AUGGCGACGCUGACGGAAAGCAAAUCGGCACGCAAGCACAUUUCGUCCACCCCGCACCUGGAGGCGGUUGCGGAUGAGGGGAGCGACACAUUCCAAAGCAUCGACAAGCUGCAAGCAGCCGGCAUUAACGCUGCUGACAUCAACAAGCUUAAGCAAGCUGGCUACUGCACGGUUCUGUCAGUCAUCCAGACAACAAAAAAAGAACUAUGUCUGGUCAAGGGAAUUUCGGAAGCGAAAGUUGAGAAGAUUGUUGAGGCUGCUGCGAAAUUGGGCAUGUGCAAUACUUUCAUCACUGGCGUUGAGUUGACGCAACGGCGGGGGCGGGUCAUCAAGAUAACUACGGGUUCUGAUCAGCUAGAUCAACUCCUCGGAGGGGGCUUCGAGACGAUGUCGAUCACAGAGUUAUUUGGGGAAAACCGAUGUGGCAAGACGCAGAUAUGCCACACGGUGUGUGUGACAGCGCAGCUUCCACGGGAAAUGAAGGGAGGAUGUGGCAAGGUUUGCUACAUAGACACAGAGGGUACAUUUCGGCCGGAAAAGAUCCUAUGUAUAGCCGAGCGGUUCGGAUUGGAUGGAGACUGCGUGCUCGAUAAUAUAAUGUAUGCACGAGCGUUCACAACUGAGCACAUGUAUCAGCUCAUAACACUGGCUGCGGCAAAGAUGUGCGAGGAACGAUUUGCUGUCCUUAUCGUAGAUUCUAUCAUCGCUCUGUUUCGAGUGGAUUUCUCGGGCAGAGGAGAACUGGCCGACAGGCAGCAGAAGUUGAAUAAGAUGCUCAGCGCAAUGAUGAAGCUGGCGGAACAGUAUAACCUGGCGGUCCUGCUGACAAACCAAGUCAUGGCCGACCCGGGAGGAGGUUUAACUUUUGCAGUAAACCCCACCCGUCCAGUGGGGGGACACGUUCUCGGUCACGCAUCGACGACACGACUUUCGAUGCGCAAGGGUAAAGGAGAUCAACGCAUUGUAAAAGUGUACGAUGCACCUAAUUUGCCGGAAUCUGAGUGCACCAUCCAAUUGUCGUCCAAGGGAGUGAUCGAUCCCAUCGAGUGA